UAAACAGAAUGUACAGUGUAGACAUAUUUUACUGGAUUUUGAAAUCUAGAUUUCAAUUUCCUGGAUGGCACUUAUUGGAUUCAUUAUGAAACUACAUGUUAACUUGUAUUUAUUGUUCUCUGUUUUCCCUGUACUGUAUUUCAACCUGACCUGCACUUAAUCUUAACAUCUGUAGUAGCUGUUUAUAACUGAUGUUUAUAACCGUCGGAGAUCAAAAGAGAGAAGUAUGGUUUCUUUCUGAACAUGAAACAGAAGUCCUCAGCAGUAUGAGUAAUUCCACAACUGCCCCAAGUUCCCUAUAAUUGGACAACUUCCCAAUUUGUUCUCACACGCUGUGUUGUACUCUGAGCAAUAGGCACUUUAUUCUGCGGGUCCAUCUCUAUAGUCCUAUGCAGGAGUUAAUCAGUGUGUGGGUCAGGGAUCCUCGCAUUCAGAAGGAGGAUUUCUGGCAUGCAUAUCUGGAUUAUGAGAUCUGCAUACAUACAAACAGCUUGGCCUUCAAUAAGAAGAGCUCUUGUGUGCGAAGGAGGUACAGUGAGUUUGUAUGGUUGAGGCAGAAGCUGCAGGAGAAUGCCUUGGUUGUAGUGAAUCUACCUGAGCUUCCGCCAAAGAACCCCUUCUUCAGCCUCAACAAUGCCAGUCAGAUCACUGCUCGCAUGGAAGGACUAAGGCACUUCCUGGAAGAGAUUGUACGCAACCCAGUAUUACUGUCUGAUAGCUGUCUGCACCUCUUUCUGCAGUCUCAGCUGAGUGUUAGGAAAAUUGAGGCCUGCGCUGUGGGCAAGAGUCGCUAUACUGUCACUGAGGCUAUUCAGAGUUCUGGCUCCCAGAAACCACGUUUCAGCUCUGAAGUGAACUCGCAAGAGGAAAGAGAAACUGACUCAGAUUGACUGGCUUUUGUCACAUUUAUUUUAGUCAUGGCUCUUGAUUAAUCUCUGAAAAAAAAAUCAUUAGCAUAUUUGCUAUAGCAUCCAGAAUUCAAUCCAUCCAACCCAAAAUGGGAUAAAUGCAUAUGUAAAGUGUAAUUGCUAAAUGAUUAAUCUAACCUGGGCCCCCUCUUUCCUUUUUGUGCUGUGUAUAUGUACUGUAUAAUAAUAUUUAUCUUUAUUGCUCAUUAAUAAAGCCUUAUUGGAACUGAA